UAGCGACUCUCGCCGGAUAAUUUCCUAGGUAACAAUCAUCACCAUGAAGCUCUCUUUCUCUCUCCCUCCCAAAUCGAAAUCCAGAGUUAGUCUGAAUUCCGACAGGAAAGACUGCAUCGGUGCAGGAAAUCUCAAGCAGUUCGUCACCGAAUUCGAUCCUUCCGAAACCCUAACCGACUCCAAACCGAAAUACGUUAUACCUCCCAUUGAGGAUCGUCGGAGGUCCUACAGGAGCAUUGAUCUACCGCUUCCAUCAGCUUCAGGUCUCCAAUUCGAGGCCGAGAUCCCCUCUGGCGAUGGCUCAGAUAACAACAUUACGUACGGUCUGAAUCUGCGACAGAAAGUCGAGAACGUUGAGAAGCCAGAGCCUGUGGAGAAGAUGUUACUGAAAAGCAUGAGGACAGAUUUGGAGUCACUCCCUGAUGCUCCGGAAAAAGAGGAUUUCGAGAGCUUUCCUGUGGAUGGCUUUGGAGAGGCGUUACUGGCUGGGUAUGGGUGGAAACCAGGCCAGGGGAUUGGUCUUAAAGCUAAAGAGGAUGUUAAGAUUGUUGAAUACGAGAAGUGGUCUGGUAAUGAAGGAUUUGGCUUUGGUAAAUCGGACAAAGCCAUGAAGAUGAUAGAUAAUAAACUUGUUGGUUCUGGAAGCCAUGAGGAAGUGAAAGUUGGUAUCAACAAGAUUGAAAAUAUGGAGAAAGAUAGAGUUGUGAGAAAACGUAAUAGAGAAACAGAGGGAGAGAGUCGCACUGAAGUUAAAGCCUGUAAGCAGAACUAUAGAGGUCAAACUAGAGAGACGAGAGAGAAGACCUCAUGGCUUAGGAGUCAUAUAAAGGUGAGAAUAAUAAGCAAGGAUGUUAAAGGUGGGAGAUUGUAUCUUAAGAAAGCAGUGGUGACUGAUGUGGUUGGGCCAACAAGUUGUGAUAUUGCUAUGGAUGAGACGCAGGAGUUGGUUCAAGGGAUUGAUCAGGAGUUGCUUGAGACUGCAUUGCCCAGGCGAGGAGGGUCUGUGUUGGUUCUGUCUGGUAGACAUAAGGGUGUGUAUGGGAGACUAGUUGAGAAAGAUUUGGAUAAGGAAACUGGUGUGGUUUGCGAUGCAGAUAGCCAGGAGAUGCUUCAUGUUAAACUUGACCAAGUCGCCGAGUACAUUGGUGAUCCUGCUGAUAUUGGGUACUGACUGAGCCAUAUUUAACUGCAAAAUCAGGUGUCAAGACUACAUAUUGUUAGCAUUUAAAUGGCUGCGUAGAGUAGACUUUUUAAUCUGCUAAGUUAUAAACGACCAGACUUUAAAGUCUUUAUUAUAUUUGAUCAACUAUAUAUUUAUCUUUGUUGUGGCAUAUAAGCACUUGGAAAUUCAUAUGGGAGAGAGAGCUAUGGAUAAGUUGUUAUUAUGCACAUGUGUGAUGCAGAGGUUUAUUAGCUGAGCGAGCAACAUUGCCCCUUAAUGAAUGGUACAACAACCUUUUUGUACAAAGGAGUUUGGAUGGUUGCUUAUGUUUUGGGGAUGACUCAGGAUAUAAGUUAAGAGAUAAGUGACUAGAGGAAACACAGAGACAUCCUUAACUAGUUCCGAACCAAUGUACAUUGUACUCAAAACUGACUAGGACGUUGAUGAUAUGAAUUUAGAAAUGGCUAUAGGCAAUCCGCAAG